AUGCUAUUCUUCUGGAUUGUUUCUUUUGCAAUGUGUUCUAGGAUCCAGAAGAUCCUAAGGCCUGGAGACAAGGAGGUGUACUGGGCAAUUCUUGAUAGCAAGGAUGUGGAACUUACAAUCCAGUUGAACCAAUAUUCCGACGCGCUUGUGUACUACAAGAUAAUCAAGCCUGGAGAGGUUGACGAUGACAGUGAGUUCAAGGAAGAGCUUAUAGAGAGUGUUAAUGCCAAGUACACAACUCCUGGGGCCUAUCGAAUUGAAGUCUUCAAUGAUGGGUUUGAGAAGGCUUCUAUAAGCAUAUACACAGAUGUCAUGUCGUCUGGAGAUGUUGACAAUGACAACCUGGCAAUUAAGAAUUUGUUUCUUGAUUUGGAGGCCAAACUCAUGUCUUUGUACAGGACGAAUACACGUCUGAAAACAAUCCAAGAAAACAAUAUUGCAGAGGCAAAAAGAAUUCGGAAUGGUCUAUACAUUAUGUUUGCAAUUCCGAUUAUGUAUGUCAUCAUAGGACUUGCCAAGUUGCAUACAACCAAAGCCAUGUUUGCUCCGAAGAAAGGAUCUCGAAUCUAA